AUGGGAAGUUCGCCGGCCAACCGCUACAGCAUUGUAUCAUCAGAGGAGGACGGGAUGAAGUUGGCCACCAUGGCAGUUCCAAACGGCUAUGGGAAUGGGAAAAGCAAGGUGCACACACGGCACCAGCCCCAGAGCAGGUUCGUCAAGAAGGACGGUCACUGCAAUGUUCAGUUUAUCAAUGUUAGUGAGAAGGGCCAGCGCUACCUCGCUGACAUCUUCACCACCUGCGUUGACAUUCGUUGGCGCUGGAUGUUUGUGAUUUUCUGCUUAGCUUUCCUACUUUCGUGGCUCUUCUUUGGCUGUAUUUUCUGGCUGGUGGCCAUCUUCCACGGUGACCUAGAGAAUGGCAACCCCAAAUGUGUCUCAAACGUCAGUACCUUUACUGCUGCCUUCCUCUUCUCCAUCGAGACACAAACUACCAUUGGCUACGGCUAUCGUUACGUGACGGAUGAGUGUCCCAUCGCUGUUUUCAUGGUGGUCUUCCAGAGCAUCGUGGGUUGCAUCAUCGAUGCUUUCAUCAUUGGUGCAGUCAUGGCAAAAAUGGCAAAGCCAAAGAAGAGGAACGAGACGCUGGUGUUUAGUCACAACGCCACAGUGGCCAUGAGGGACAAUAAGCUGUGUUUGAUGUGGCGUGUGGGCAACCUGCGUAAGAGUCACCUGGUUGAGGCUCACGUCCGAGCUCAGCUCCUCCGGUCUCGCACCACAGCCGAGGGGGAGUACAUCCCUCUGGACCAGAUGGACAUUGAUGUGGGCUUUGACAGUGGCAUUGACCGCAUCUUUCUGGUGUCACCUAUCACUAUCGUGCAUGAGAUUGACGAGGACAGCCCCUUCUACGACAUGAGCAAGCAGGAGCUGGAGAGCUCCGAGUUUGAGAUCGUGGUCAUUCUGGAAGGCAUGGUGGAGGCCACUGCCAUGACUACGCAAUGCCGUAGCUCCUACCUGGCCAGUGAGAUCCUCUGGGGCCACCGCUUUGAGCCGGUACUAUUCGAGGAGAAGAAUUACUACAAAGUGGACUACUCACGUUUUCACAAGACCUACGAGGUACCCAGCACACCUCUGUGCAGUGCCAGGGACCUCGCAGAGAAAAAAUACAUCUUAUCAAACUCCAACUCCUUCUGCUACGAGAACGAGAUGGUCCUUUCAAACAAAGACGACAAAGAGGACGGCACUGUCGGCACACACACGGACACAGGUUCAGAAACAGACCACAACCAGGCCACAGUGCCCCUAGAACCACGGCCCCUGAGACGAGAAUCAGAGAUUUGA